AUGGAAACUAUAAAACCCGAGGAGUAAAAAUCUUAGUUUUAAGAUCAAAAUGAGACUUAAGUCGUUAUCAAAGAGACUGAAGGAACUUUAGAAUCAGCAUUACCACAGAUCCUUACAUAAAUUGAACCUCAGCCAAACUUGCUUGAGAAAAUAGCUUUUUUGGAAAAAUAUCCAGUUUAAAAAGUGAAUUUAGAUCUCAAUGAUUAUUAAAUGAACUAUGUCAACGAUCAAACACUUACUCUUUUGAAGGAAAAUAUUCUUCAACAGUGGUCAAUCAAAGCUAAUCAAGUUGAAAAUGAAAAAAUCAUUGCGUUUGAUAUAAAAAAUUUUUUGGGCUCAACUCAUUACAUCACAAUUUAAAAUUCUGAUAAUUCAUGCUAGAUAUUUAAGCAAUCCUAGUUGAAUUUAGCUGCGAAAAUUGAUCUAGCUGGAAGAAUACACGACUAAAUAUCAAUUAAAGGGUUGUUAAUAAUCUCAGACAUACUUGGAAACCUCUAUUCUCUUAAAAUUAAAGGAUGCAAGAUUCAGCACCUCACAAAAAUAUCUUUUGAAAAUUAGAUUCUCAAAUGCCUGAGAAUUUCUGAUGAUGGUCAGAUAUUAACAGCAUUUAACGAAACAGAAUCAAAGAUUAUUGUAUUAUUGGUAGAUAAUUUUACCAUCAAAUGGACUUAUGAAUUAGUAAUUAGUUCUAAUGAGGAUCCUAAUAAAAUUGCUUGUUUUACCACAGAUAAUGGCUAUGUAAUAGUUAGAGCAAACGAUAAAGUAGGAUUAGAUUAUGUAUCUUUAAAUGAUAAUAAAUUAAUUCAUAAAAUUCAUAACGCUCAAGUAGGAGAAAUUUCUUAAAUCCUUCUUUGCAAUAAUGGCGAAUCAGUCAUUGUGACUGGAGCAAGUAAUAAGAUAAUACAAUGGAAUCUCUAAAAAUAAGAAAUAGAGUUUAUUUUUCCAAAAUUGAGUACAGAUUCUAUCAGUGAUUUAGUUAUUUCGAAAAAUUCUAACUUAUUAUACUCUGCAUAAGAUAUGAUUGUUAAAGUAUGGUGUCUUGGGAGAUAUCAUUGCCUCACAACUCUUUAUCCAAAUACUUCAGUUAAAUCAUUGAGUCUCUCAAAGGAUGAAUCCUUAUUAUUAGCAAGAGGGAUUGAUAAUUCACUUUAAUAUUGGUCCAUUAAUGAGCAUUCAGAAGCCAUCAAAUUGCAAAUUGAUACUGAAAGCUUGACAGAAAGUUGUUCUUCCCCAAAUAGUGAGUAUGUACUUACAAGUAGCCUUAGCAAAGGAAUAAUGGAAAUCUGGAAUACUAAAACAAAAUCUUUGGUCACAAGAUUUGUUUAUGCGAAUGGGAGAUAGAGAGCAGUUAACUUUUCUCAUUCCUCUUCUUAUAUCUUUUUUUAAAGAGUAUCAGGUUAGGUUGUCAGAUGGUCUACAAAAAAUCACGAGGAUUCUGGGGUAUAUGGGCAUGUUGAUGAGGAUGUAAUUGACAUUGCUAUUGAUACCGCAGAUAAAUUUUUAUAUACAAUGGGCUAUAGACAAGGAAAGUUUUAUAAGUGGGACUUGGAGAAUAUCCAACUUUUGUUAACUAUUGAUUUAGGAAGAGGAUAUGAGAGUUUAGUUAUUUCUCACGAUGAUAAAUUCAUAUUGGCUGGAAAUAAUGGACUCAAAGAGAUUACUAAGAUCAGCUUGCUUAAUGAUGAAAUUGUGUAGAAAAAAUCUUAACUUAUAUAUACACCUGCAACUAUAGCUAUUACAUUUGACAGUAAAUACGCUUUCAUGGUUUAGGGCUAUAAUGGGCAUUAAGUUUUAGUACUUGAUGCUGAAAAUCUUGAGAUAGUGAAAGUAUUGACAGAUCACAAAUAAGUAGGGACAUGGUUUAUAGCACCCACUAUUGAUGGCAAAUAUAUGAUAACCAGAAAUUAUGUGGAGACUAUUAUUUGGGAUGUCAGUACAUUUGAAAAACUUUUAUUCAUUACGGAGAGUUUCAUAAUGCUCAAUUCAGAUCACAAAAUUUGUAGAGCAUUCCUUCACGAUGGCUUUUUAAAGCUUUGGUCUGAGAGAACUUCACUUUAAUUGUCAAAAGAGUUUCUUAAAAAGCAAUUGAAUCAACUAACUUUGCAAUUAGCUGAAGACUAUUAAGAAGUUGCAAAUGAAGUGGAUGAUAGAGAAGAUGGAGAUGAAUGGAGAUGA